CGUAGGGCGAGCGGCGCCGAGGGGUCGGUCCCAGUCGGGCUCUCUCUCUACGCCAGGCCGGGGCCGUGUCUGGGGCCUACUGCCGAACAUGGCGAUGGCGCAGCAGACGGCGCUGGCCGUGUGCCUCUUCAUCUGCGCGUUUGUGGUGGUGCCGAGGAUGUUGCUUGGGGCGGGCGGAGGGAAGGAGGCGGCGGCGCGGUUGUCGGCAGCGGGACACCGGCGCCCAGGUUCUGGAAGAGGCCAGCCAUUGUACACAACCCCCGAAUCAAAUCGUCCCAACGGACAACCUAAUCUCAGGGUGCAGCACAUGAAAAAUCAAAAAGAAGUAAAUGGUGACAUGGCUCGAGGCAGAAGCAAAGGAUUCAUUUUCCAGUUGUUGCCGCUUUACGCAAUAGGAAUAGGUGUAUAUGCUGUUUACAAACUCAUGCAAGUAAAGUUCAAAGAAAAUGAAAAAUCAAGCAGUGAAAAAAAGAAACAGGUUGAAGAUAAAAAGAAAAACACAGAAAAUCAGCUCUCUGAGCUAGAGAUGCGUUUGGCACAGACUGAGAGAAUGCUGGACUCGUUAGUAAAAGAGUUGGAUCCACUCACCAGCUGUGUCAAUGCUGUUGCUUCUGGGCAGAAGAAUGAAAUCGUGACACAGCUUCAGGAAAUAAGAAAAUUGAUAAAAGAGAGGCAGGCACCUGAUAUUGAUGAGGAGCUGCUUUCUAUCUCUAAGAAUUUCAAAGGGUAUAUCCAGGAUGCCGAGGAAAAGACACAGCUGACUGAAGAUCAGACCUUCCCGGAGAGCAGGGAAGAUUCAUCAGAGGAUAUUGAUUCGAUAAAUAGCAAAGUGUUUACAGCAUCAUUUCUCGAUGAGACUGAGUCUGUGGACAACACCUCAAUAGAGGAUUCUGAGGGGGACUUUGAAGCGCUGGAGGAUUUGCCAGAAGCUCAUGGGAUCAUGGAGUUGAGAAAACGUAACAAAAUGAAUGAGUUUGUGAAAUGAGCAUGUCUUGUCCAUCUUAUUGAUUCAUUUUGGUUAUUAUUGUUUAGUUUUGCAUGUGAUUGAUGUAUUACUACUUAAAACACUCAGGUAGCACCAAAACUUUAUUAUCUCUGCAAUAUAUACAGAACUAUAGAAAGUAUCUUUCGUAGCUAGAAUCAUUAUUUCGUUGUUCGAGGGUACUGAUGUUUAUAUAUAUAUAUAUGUAUGUAUAUAAAAUUCACUAAUGAAAAUAUGUAGUAUUUCAUUAUUUAGUCAAUCCAAGUUCUUCUUUGUAAAUGGAGCAUCCAUUUAAUUACUAUAUACAUAAUUUUAUCAUUCGUUUAUCAAUUGUAGGUUAGAACCCAGAAAUGGGACUCAAUAGGCAAAGUGAGCUGGUCAGAUCUAGAAGUCCUGAAUUAGGAGCCAUAGAUACAAGACCAUCGGUGGUAGGUUUAGAGGGAAGUUGGCAACAAGAAAAAAAAUUACCUAAGGCACAGAGAGUCUGGAACUCAUUACCGGAAAACAUAGUGAAGGCAAAAAUCCUCGUCAAAUUUAAAAGUGCCUUAAAGAAUGAAAGAACACAAGAAAUUAGGAGCAGGAGUAGGCCACUCGGCUCUUCAAGCCUGCCCCACCAAUCAAUAUGAUCGUGGCUGCUCUCCACUCUCCAACUCCUAAUACCCUCAAUUCCUUGAUCUUUUAAAUAUUUAUAUCCGCUUUUAAUAUUUGAAAUGUUCUGGCCUCCACCACCGUCAGGGGCAGAGAUUCACCACCCUCUGCGAACAUCAGUUUUAAAUGACCAGCCCCUUAUUUUGUAGUUAUGCCCCCAUUUUCAGGACUCUCCCACAUGUGGAAAUGUCUCAAUGUCUACCCUGUCAAGUCCCCUUAGGUUCUUGUAUGUCUCAUUCUUCUAAACUCCAAGGAAUACAAACCCAAACUGUCCAGCCUGUCUUGAGAGGACACCCUCUCAUCCAAGGAGUUACCCUGGUGAAGCUCCUUUGGUCUGCCUCCAAUGGCACUAUAUCCUUUUUUUAGGUAAGUGGACCAAAGCUGUGUGCAAUAUUCUGGGGUGGCCUCGCCAAGAAGAGGACUUAAAGCACUGUAAUCUCCAGGACUCCUGACUGAGUGUCUUGCAGUGGGAUUAGGCUGUAAAGCUUUGUCUUGGCAGGCAUAGUGUGACCACAUUCUGCUCCAUAAAUGCUUUUACAGUGAUGAGUGUUUGAUGCAAUACUUAUUAAAGUAUUUAAAGACUCAA